AUGUCGGCUUUCCUCCGCACCGCAUCUCGCGCCGUUGCCGGGCCCUCGGCCGCCUCGCGCACCUUCAGCUCGACGGCCUCGCGCCCCAUCGCCCGCAUCACCGUCAUCGGCCACCUGGCCGACACCCCCGAGCUGCGCGCCUCGAGCUCCGGCCGCGAUUACCUGCGCUACUCUGUCGCCAGCAACUCAGGCUACGGCGAGAAGCGCACCACUAGCUGGUUCAACGUGAGCUGCUUCGCCAACGAGGGCUCGCGCCGGGAAUUUUACCAGGGGCUACCUAAGGGGACGAUGGUCAUGGUUGAAGGCGAUGCGAGCAUGAGCAGCUAUGUAGACGGCGAGGGCAAGCCCCGUCAAUCGCUGAGUAUCGUACAGCGCAACCUCGAGGUUUUGCGCCGCCCCUAUGACCCCAACCGCGCGGCUGGCGAGGUUGAGGGCGAGGUCGAGAGCCACGGCCACGGCCGCGGCCUCGGCCGGCCGGAGCCGUUCGAUGUCAUUGUUAUUGGUGGUGGCCAUGCCGGCUCCGAAGCGUGCGCCGCAGCGGCCCGCGCGGGCGCCCGCACCGCCCUCAUCACCCCCGAAAUCGACAACCUCGGUGUCUGUUCGUGCAAUCCGAGUUUCGGAGGCAUUGGCAAGGGCACCAUUAUUCGCGAGAUUGAUGCCCUAGAUGGGCUGGCGGGGCGCAUCAUUGACAAGGCGGGAGUGCAGUUCAAGAUUUUGAACAAAACAAAAGGAGCGGCUGUCUGGGGUCCCCGCGCUCAGAUCGACCGGGUCCUGUAUCAGAAGCACAUGCGCGAAGAACUCGAGACGUACCCGAACCUGUCCAUCGUCUUAGGCAGGGUUUCCGAUAUCGUCAUUGCCGACAAUCACGGCGACGCCGACGCCGACGGCGCCAAGGGCAAGAUCACGGGCGUGCGUCUCGAGUCGGGCGAGGUGCUACCGACGACCCAGGUCAUCAUUACGACAGGAACCUUUCUCGGCGGCGAAAUCCAUAUCGGCAUGGAAGUAUAUCCGUCUGGGCGGAUGGGCGAACAGGCCACCUUUGGCCUGAGCAAGUCGUUGCGGGAUGCGGGAUUCCAGCUUGGCCGGCUCAAGACGGGCACGCCGCCGCGGAUCGCCAAGAACAGCAUUAAUUGGGGCAUACUCGACGAACAGCCCGGCGAUGACCCACCCAUGCCCUUCAGCUACCUUAACGAUACCGUUGCCGUUGGUAACGAUCAGCUCCUCUGUCAUCUCACCUACACCAACGAGGCCACCCACGAGGUCGUGCGAGCGAACCUCGACAAGACGAUCCACAUCCGCGAGACGGUCAAGGGCCCACGGUACUGCCCCUCCCUCGAAUCCAAAGUCAUCCGCUUUGGCGAACGUCCACGACACAUCGUUUGGCUCGAGCCCGAAGGCUUCGACAGUGACGUCAUCUAUCCCAACGGGCUGAGCAUGACGGUGCCCGCUGAGGCGCAGGAACAGCUCCUGCGCACGAUCCGCGGCCUCGAGAAUUCGGUAAUGCUGCAGCCGGGCUACGGCGUCGAGUACGACUACGUCGACCCGCGCAGCCUCAAGCGGUCGCUCGAGACCAAGGCCAUCCGAGGCCUCUUCUUAGCCGGCCAGAUCAACGGCACGACGGGCUACGAAGAAGCCGCAGGUCAGGGGAUCGUGGCGGGGAUCAACGCGGGGCGCGCCGCCCAGGGCCUGCCGCCCGUCACGCUCUCCCGCUCUGACGCCUACAUCGGCAUCAUGAUCGACGACCUGAUCACCAAGGGCGUGUCAGAACCAUACCGCAUGUUCACAUCGCGGUCCGAGUUCCGCCUCAGCACGCGGUCCGACAACGCUGACACCCGCCUGACACCCUACGGCCGACAAUGGGGCGUGGUGUCGGACGCGCGCUGGGCGCACUUCCGCAAUGACGUCCAGCUGGCCGCCGACUUCAAGAACCUCCUGCGCAACAUGAACCUCACACCAGCCGAGUGGCACCAAGCAGGCAUUCCCAUAUCUCACGCCCUGAGCAGCAUCCCCGGCGUCAGCAGCACCAAAACCGACCGCAAGCGCGACGGGCACGAAGUCAUCCGCCUGCGGGGGAUCACAGCCGAACACAUCAUUCACGCGCGCCUGCCGGGGCUGACCGAGGAGGACACGAACACAAAGAACCCCCACCACCAGCAGAAAUACCCACCACGCGUACGCGCCCGCGUCGCCGUCGACGUCGUCUACGAGCCGUACGUGCGCGCCCAGGCCGCCGAAGCCGCCCGCCUGCACCGCGACGAGGCCCUGGGCCUGCCGGGGGAUCUGGACUACGAGACCGUCCAGGGCCUGUCGAUUGUCGAGCGGGAUGUGCUGUCGCGGGUGCGGCCCGAGACGCUGGCGCAGGCGCGGCGUAUUGAGGGGGUGACGCCGGCGGGGUUGGUGAAAUUGUUGGCGGCGGUGAGGAGGGGGGAUAAGGAGAGGGAGAGGGAGAGGGGGAUGGGGAUGGGGAGGGGGGAGAAUGUGGUGGGGGUGGGGAUGGUGGAGGGGUUGGAUGUGGCUGGGGUGGAGGAUCUGGAAGCGUUGGAUGCGAAGAGUCGGGCGGAGGGGUUGUGA